AUGUUCGGUGAAGUCGUGACAGGCUCCGAGUCAGAAAUUUUGUUCGCAAGUUCAGUUCAGUCCGGUUUUUUGCCCCCAAAACGCGCAACCGCGGACCGCAACCGGUCUAGGACUGACCCAGAUAUUGAGGGAACCGAACCGAACCACCUAGGACCGGUCUAUUUCGGUCUAUGGAGCCGGUUCAGACCGAUCCAGACCGGUUUUUUUGCGUAUAAUUUAUUAUACCAAUAUAAACCAUUUGUAUCUUGA